UCGCCACUUUUGCAUUGUGUCGCACGCCGUUCGCACCGGGUAGUAAUAUUGGAAGGAAAACGCGGUCCAAGAAACACCCGAAGAGCAGCCAUUCGGAUAGUUGAAAUACAGACAAUUUUAUUCGCCGGAUCGUCGUAAGAAUAUUCAAGAGCGAAAAUUACCCUCGGGAUUUUCUUUACAGCUGAAAUGUUUCCCGCAAGUGUAGCAACGCACGGGUAUUAACACUGACUAGAAGAAGGUCGUUGCAAUCCGCAUCCAACGAGGAGUAAACAAGGAAGUCUACUGCAUAGCUGCAGCGGGAAUUCGAGUCGAAAGUCAUGUGUAGAAGUUUCGAGAUUUCAUUGCCACUUACCGCGGUUUAGUAUCGAGUUGAGCAAUCGUACUUUGAGUGUGGGAAACGUUUAUACUCGUAAAAAUCAUAUCGGAGACUCUCGCCUCGCGAAGGCACGACUGCGAACCUAUCGGAAUACAGACGAGCUUUCGGCGUCUUCGCGGUGAAGCGAUCGUGCUUUUUGGCUACGUGGGGAGAGGAAGGACUGCGCUUAUCUUGUUUUAAGCACCGAAGAGACUGCCAAGUGUAGUGAAAUGAAGGAGGUUAUCGGAUUCUGGGACCGUUUUACCGGGCGCCGUUAUUCCGCGGUCAACACAAACUCGUGUCCGGUAUCAGACACCCUCGAUGGUACGGAACCCGAUUACCCGCCAUCGCCGGGGAAUCACAGGAGCUUGAGAAGAAAGUCUUCCGUCGUAGUGAACCAGUUCUUUAACGCCGCAUUACCGGUCCACUCGGACGGACGACCAAGCUGGCCAAAAAGCAUUUUUGUCUUGAUGACAUUGGGCCUGCUGGGCAUCGCUUCCGGCUGUCUUGUCCUGGUCUUCCAGCCGUACGAUAUUCUGUUCAAGCUGAAAGUCACUUUCAGCGAAGGCGGUGAAAUAUUCGAACUGUGGCGUUCGCCGCCUGUCGAUCUCUACCUCAAAGUCUACCUCUUCAAUGUCACGAACAGCGAGCAAUUCCUCAACGGGGAGGAAGACAAGCUUCGAUUCAACCAAGUCGGUCCUUACGUUUACAAAGAAUUGAUGGAGCAUGGAAACGUGACGUUCAACGAAAAUGGCACGGUAACUUCCAUUCCUCUACAUCCCCUCAAGUACAUCCCGGAAAUGAGCAAUGGGACAGAGGAGGACUUGCUGAUGCUUCCAAACAUCGCAUUGCUGAGUAUAACCAACGUGAUGCGGGAUUCCAAUUACCUCACUCAAUUAGCCCUCGAUAUGCUCAUCAGUCAGUCGGGCAGUAAGCCGCUCGUCGAAAUGACCGCGAAGGAGUUUAUGUUCGGUUACGAAUCGACUCUGGUCACGCUGGGGAACAAGGUGAUGCCUUCUUGGAUAAAAUUCGACAGACUGGGCCUCAUCGAUAGGAUGUACGAUUUCGAGGGUGACAUUGAAACCGUGUAUACCGGCGAAACCGACGUGUCGAAGGCCGGGCUGAUUGACACCUAUAAUCACGGCGCUGAUCUACCCCAUUGGACUGGGAGAUGUGCAAAUGUUCAGGGUGCUAGUGACGGUACCAAGUUCCGUGGCUACUUGAAGCCGAAUCAAACGCUUCAUUUCUUCAGGAAGAGUCUUUGCCGCAGUGUUGAGAUGCAUCAUACAGGCACUAAAACUAUCAAAGGGCUCGAGGCGUUCGAAUACAAAUUUGUUGAAAACGAGCUAGAUAACGGAGCAGUCAACCCAAAGAAUAAGUGCUUCUGCCGCAAGGGACGCUGUCUUCCCCGAGGCCUGGUGGACGUCACUGAUUGCUACUACGGUUUCCCCAUCGCUCUAUCGUAUCCUCACUUCUAUCAGUCGGAUCCUUCGCUACUGAGCUCAGUAGAAGGCCUUACACCAAACCAGAAGGAUCACGAGUCUUUUUUCUACAUCCAACCUCUGUCCGGGCUUCCCGUCGACCUCGCAUUCCGCUACCAGAUAAACAUGGCGCUCCAGGACAUCAGUUCCUACUCGAGCGUAGAAAAGUUCAAGGACCUAGUGCUUCCUCUUUUGUGGUUUGAAAUUGGCAUGCACGAGCUCCCGAAGCCAAUGAACGAUCGUUUUCUGCUCUACCUGAACGUACUUCCGAUGGUCCAGGAGGUUGCGAUCUACGUUCUUUUCCUGAUAGGCAUUCUAUUCCUCAUCUGGAGCGUGGUGAAGAUCUUGUUCCAUCAGCCCAAAGGAUACGGCGGUCCGGCGCAGUGGUUGGACACCGAGAUGCAGCGAAAGAGGCUUAGCUUCCUGAACGAGAGACGAUCCUCCGUCAAGCCAAAGGAACUCGAGACUUAUUACAGCUCGCUACUCAGUCCCACCGACAACGUGCCGACCGCUCCGCAGGAGGACCUCCCAUGCCUCACGGAGGAACAUAUCUAAUUGUUUUAUCAUUAACAAUGAUUCAUUAAUGGAGAGCUCUGAAAGAGACUAGUAGUUUAUAAGUCAGCUGCACGGAAUUAAUGGCUACGGAUGCCGCUCGGUACCUACGUUUUAUAUUACCUUUAAUUUUUUUCGUUAUGAUUGUGUUUCAUCUCGCGCAGCGGGUCAUACAAAAUACUUCAGGAGCAUUUCGGGAAAUGGGGUCUUGACGCUAUUUAUAAUGACCUGAUGGUUGUUAUUGAAUUUGAAAUAGUAUUAUAUCUAGUAUAAGUUUACACCUAAGAAUUAUUUUAACGAGUGCAUGACGUACACAGACUUGCACACCUCAAUUGUGUUGAUACGCUACUAAGAUACUUGAAAUUUUUAUGAAAAUUUUUGUUCACUUUUCAAACGUAACUGUGUAGAAACUCACUUUCAAGCAUAGUAAAACAGAAUUGAAGUUAUACAUUUUCAUGUUGGAUGUAUCAUUUGGAAGAUUUUUCUCAUGAUCAGAAAUAAUUCUCUCGUGCACAAGCACCUGCUCCUACAAGCGUCACCGGAUGGUUCAAAAAUUUUUAUUGCACCGUCAAAUAGCUACAAGGUAUAUUUCAAAGGUUGACAGUGUUCACGGUGAUAUCAUACAAAUGUACAAACGCAGUAGGAGAAAUACUAGAUCGAUGACAAAUUUGAGAAAACGCCCUUUCACAGUGAUUUUCAAAAUUUUAAUGUAAAAACAACAGAAAAUGGCUUUUUAGGAUGUAAAUAUCUUCUCAUUACUCCAUUCUUAGGUGGUCUGAUAAGCACGAAAAGAUCCCGUGAGAAUGAGAAUUACUUCGUUCUAAGAU